AUGAAUAAUAGGAAGAGUCUAUUUGAGUACUCUAAAUGGGAUCUUUGGGUUCACUCUCUAAAGAUUUCCAUCUACAACCUAACACAUAACUUACUUUUAAAUAGUGUUGUAACUGUUCAAUUAUACAAUUUCUUAAUUUUAUUGGAAACAUUGCAAAUGGUAAUUGAAAUAAUAUUAAUAUAAUUUCAAGGUUUACUAUUCAUUACAUCCAUGCUUUUCAUUCCUAUUCGUAACACCCAUUUUCAAAUAUUUCCGUUUGAUUCUAUCAUAUUUCUAACUAAAUGAAGUGUUAGGCAAAGGAUAAUUAGAAAUUUAGUUAGCACUUUUAUAUAUAGUAAUUCAAAAUCACCUAUUAAGGUAUUCGCUGUAUAAUUACUUAUGAUUACAUUGAUAAUUGCAAUCUUAUGCAAUUUGAAAAAGCAAACUGCAUUUUUUAUCUAUUCUUAUAGGUUUAUAGCAUACUUUGGUGUAUUUUUCAACACUGUAUUACUGAUUCCAUUUACAAAUGUUUACUUUGCCAUACUUUAUUGUGUGAAUUCUAAUUUUGAAUGUUAUGUUGGUACUUACUAUAUUCAUUUUGUUUUUUCAGUAAAAAAUGCUUAAUAAUGUAGUUUCUUGGAUUAUCUAUGCAUUUUGUUUAGAUUAUCUAUUUUAAUUUAGUAUUCUAAGAACAGAAUCCUUUUUCUAGUAUUCCAUUUGCUAGUCCUUAAUAAAGUGCUACAUUAAUCAAAUAAACAAUAAAAUUUUUUUUACCUAUUUAUACUAUUUUUGAUUAUGAAGGAUCACUAGAUAGAGUAUUCAUAUCCUUAUUAUGUUUGUCAUACAUUUAUUUAAAUAUUUAAAGAUUUAAGUAACCUAAAUACUAUAAUAAAUGGGUUGCGUAUGCUUUUUAAAUAUAAGAGGUCACUUUAUUCUGGAUAACACUUGUUAGUUUCUUUACUGCAUUUAUUAAUUAUAAUAAAGCGGAAGAUAUUGGAUUUUUCUAUAUGAUUAUAGGUAUUCCUUUAUUAAUUCUUGUUUACUUUCAUCUAUUGCAUUUACAAAAUAAAAAGGUUUUGUCACUUUUAUUUAGAAAUAUAGAAAGAGAUAUUGAAGCUGAGAUAUAUUUGAUGGAGAUAAUAAAAUUGAUUAAGUAGAGAAAAAAAACAUGGUCAAGAAUGUUGUUAGAGGGAAAAUUAAGAUUACAUUUCAAAGGAUGUUAAAAUAAAGAAUGCAUUUGUAAAGCUUUAAUGCUUGAUAGUAUUAAGGAAGAGGAAGUUGAUCAACAUUGGUAUAAUUUUCUGGGAUUUUUACUGAAUUAAAUGAGAGAAAAAUUCAAUAAAAGUUGUAGAAUAAAUCUUUUAUUUGCAUUUUUAUUGAAUGAUUAACUGAAUAAUCAUUUUAAAGCUUUAACUGAGAUGAUGUUUGCUGAAGAUAAUAAGCCUUCUUUGUAAGAGGAAUUAGCUAUGUACCAUUAUAAAAACAUAAUCUAAUAAAAAUUAAAAGAUAUGGAAUAAAAAACAAAUGAAAAUAAGGGGAUUGAUGUAAAUGGAAUAAUGGUGUUUUAGAAUACUUUUAUAAUAUUUUUAAAUGCAGUUGAGAAGACUGUAAAUUAUCACAUAGAAUAUUGGAGAGAAUUAUUAGAAAUAAAUCCUGAUAUUUUGAAAUUGAAAGCAGUAGGAUCGAAAAUAACAAAGAAAUUAGAAUAGACUAUGAUUUAGUAUUAGAAAUUAUAGGAGCUGAGUUCUAAUCAUAUUUAAUUCUUAACAAUUUAUGGGAAUUUUUUAAAAGAAAUUGUUAAUGAUGAGGAUGAAUCAAAUAGAAUUUUGGAUAGAGUUUAGAUUUUGAUAAAAUAGUUUUAGAAUAAUAAAAUUCAUGAUUAAAUUAGAUUGAAAUAUGGAGAGAAUGCAAAUACAUGUAUAAUAACAUGUUCAGCGAAUUUUAAUAAUAUGGGAGUAGUUACAAAUUGUAAUAAUGAGAUUACACGUUUAUUAUAAUUUAGCAAAAGUGAUAUUAUGGGAAUAAAUAUUAAUUGUAUAAUGCCAAGAAUAUAUGCUAGUCAUCAUGAUUAAUACAUGAUUGAUUAUAUUGAUACAAGUAAACCAAAAGUAAUGGAUAAGGAGAGAAUUUUAUGUUGUAUAAAUUCAUAAUAAUAUUUGGUGCCUUGUUCUUUAAUGAUAAAAAUAUUGCCAAAUUUAGAUGAAGGUAUAAAGAUGGUAGGUUUCUUAUAAGAUUAUAAUAAUUAAUAAGAAUCAAACGAAGAAUGGCACUAUAUUUUAGUAGAUGGUUAUACUUAGAUAAUUUUGGGUAUAACUUAAUCAUGUACUUAAAUAUUUGGAAUUCCAUAAUCAAUAAUGACAAAUAAUACAUUUAAAUAGAAAUUCACAUUUGAUGUUCUCUUUCCAAAUAUUGAUGAGCAUCUAAAUAUGGAAGAUGGAAUUUUAGCUUAUUUAGAUACAACUUAACUUUAAGAGGAUUAUUUAUAAGGAAUUGGAGAGAGUCAGAGUGAAAUAUCAGUGGAUGAAGAUGAUGAUUAAUUUUGUGAGUUUCCUAAUGAUCCAUUGAGAUAAUCAAAUGAUACUAGAAUACAAAGAUUUUUAUUAAAACCAGUCCAAGUAAAAUAAUAAGAUUAAGUGUCAGAUACACCAAGUCCAUUAUUUAAUAGAUUUUAAACUGUUGAUUUUAAAAAAAGAAAAAAUGAAAAAUUAUAAAGAUAUAAGAAAUAUAAAAUUAAAUUGGUUUUAUGUGAUGAACUAAAAAUAGGGGAAUGUAAUUUAUAGAUUAUUAAAUUUAUGUUGAUAAAAGAAGAUGAAUAGGAUGAACAAUUACUUAAGAUUGAAUCUAUUAAUUCAAAAUAAAACUAAAAUAAUUAAGAAAAUAAAAUAAGUGAACAUUUACAACCAGUUAUUGAGGAUGGGAAUUCAAGUAGGUCAUCUAGAACUGAAAAUAAUUAGAAAGAAUUAAAAGAAUUUAAAUAAAUGAUAUCAUCAAAAACUUAACCUAGAUCUAUCAUUAUUUUGAAGAGAACUGUUUGGUUUAUUAUGAUACUUUUAUUAACUCUAAGCACUUUGAUUAUGGCUUAUCGAGUCAUUUAAAGCAAUGAUGUAAAAGAAGGUGUAAAUGCUAUCAAUUAGGGAUAUUAUAGACAUAACAUAAUAUCUGAUGUUGUUUAUAAUGCUCGUAAAUUAUAAUUACUUUACAAUAAUACUAUUGAUGAUGCUGAUUUUACUAUUGUAAAAACAGAUCUAUAAUACUGGGUUAAUUAAUUAUAAUAAUUGUAAUAUGAUUUAAUCAAUGUAAGACUUAUUAUGGAAAAUAGAAAAGGAAACAAAAUCUAACCUUAAGAAUAUACUACCAAGUUUUUGAUGUCAAAUGGAUAAGAAAGUAAUUAAGACUUACUCUUUGAUGAUGCUAUGAUGUAUUUCAUUACAUCUGGUUCAUAAGUAGAAAACUCUUCCAAUGAAUCUUUUGUAUCCUAUUAAAGUAGUGGUUAUAAAAAUUUCUAUUUUCUCAUCAAUAAUGGAUACUAUGUUCUAAGAAAUGGAUCAGAAAAUAUCGCCAACCAUUUCUAUGAAUUUUAUUCCGAUCUCAUCUAAGAAUACUUAAUAAAAUUCCUCAUCAUCAUGAUUAUUGGCAUUGCCUUCCUUAUUAUAUCUUCCUUAGUUCUGAUUCCAAUUGUUUCAUAAGUUCAUGAUACCAAUAAUAAAGUGUUGUCACUUUUUGGUAUCAUUCCUGUUAAUGAAUUAAAGGAUUUGGUUACAAAAUGUGAAAAUUAUUUAAAGAAUUUUUUAAAUGAAUAAAGAGAUACUAAUAAAUAUUAAAAAAUAUCUGAAGCAUAAAUUACUCAAUAAAAUAUAAUUCAAACAUCUGCACAUGGUGAUUAACCAUUAAUCACAAAAGAAGGUUAAGAUAAAUAAGAGAGUAAUGAAGAUGAUGGCAGUAAAAUAAUUCAAAAACCUUAAAAGUUAUUAUCAUCAGGACAUCAAAGUAUUAGUCAUGUUAAACAAUUAUCAAAUUUAACUACUGAUGGUCAACCUCAAAUUCCAAUACCUGUUUCUCAAGGUCCUACUAAACAUGAUUUAAAACAUUCAUUAAAGAUAUAGUAAUAAAAGGAGGAAGAAAAAGAUGAAGAUUAAGAUAAUUUAAAAGCUAAUAAAUUAUUAAAUUCUUAAGGAAGUCAUAAGUGUGCUGUAACAAUAUAAUUUAUAUUCUUUGCUCUUUUAUUUAUUUCAUACUUCGUUUUGGAUAUAAUUUUAGAAUCCUAUUUCCUCAAAGAAACUUAAAACAUUUUUGAUCAUUUAAAGAAUAUUUAAGAUAGGCCCUUAAAUAUAAAAUACUUUAUGUAUUUAUCAAUAGAUCAAUUGCUUUAAGAAGAUAUUACUUUAAUAUAAACUUAUCGAACAAUGUUUCAGAAUAGAUAAUCAGAAAAUGAAAGAAACAUUUCUUUUGAAAUUUAAUAGUCUCAUCCUUAAUAGUUUGACUCUUAUUUUUCAUUAUUAGCUGAUAUUUCCUUUAAUAAUCUAUGUAAUUAUCCAUUUACUGUAAAUCAGUUUACUUUAGUUGCAUCAACUUGUUUAGAAGUAUAAGCCGGACUAUUAUCAUAAGGAUUAAAAACAACAAUAGCAUCUGUUGCAUUAAAUUCAAAUGAUAUGAUUUCAAAAUGGUCUCUUAGUGAUAAAUCAUUCGAUGAUCUUACUUAAAUUCUAAAGGAAUAUUACGUAAAAUUAGAUACUAUCAUUUAAUAUGUAUCUAAUUGUUGUUAUUAUUUAACUAUAAAGUAUUAAGAAGCAACAUUAGAUUAUCUUCAAUACUCAGAAACAAUUGAAUAAAUCAAAUUUUCAGUGUUUUUAAUUGUAAUGUUCUUUGUGUUCAUAUUUUGUAUGACACAAUAUUAAAACAAUUUGAGUGAAUAAAUCUGGGAGACAAAAGUAUAUAAUAUUAAUGAUUAUUAAAGGGUUUGUUAAAUAUGAUUCCUUUAGAAAUAAUAGCGAAGUACUAGCAUUUGAAAGAAUAGUUUGUUGGAGGAGAAAUACUUAAAGCUGUUUAAUGAUUAAAUAGUUAAUAAUUACUCAAUAUGAGGACAAGAG